AUGGAGGAGACAAUCAAGGCUAAAGCUGUGAUGGAAAAGACUAACCUUGAUGGUGCUCCAGAGCUUGCUCAUCACAAUCAGACAUUUUCUUCUGCCACAAACACUGGGGAGAAGAGAAAGAGGGAAGGAUUGGCGAGUGGAGAAAGAGGAACUGGAUACAGCAGCGGGACUGAAGAAGUUAUUAUAGUUGGUGACACCAAGGCUAUAAAAGAUUUUGGUUUUGGUGGAGGAGAGGAGCUUCAAGGGUCUGUGUUUAGCAAGCUACAGGCUUUCAAUGGACAAAGCAACAUAAAUCUUAAAGGGUCUUUGGGAAAGAAAGUAGCUAGAGAAGAACCAGAAAGAUCAAAGCACGAUUCAACUUUUAAUGAGUUUGAUAAGCUGAGGGAAGAAAGCAAGUUUGCAGUUGGACAGACAUGGGCUCUUUAUGAUAAUAAGGUGGAUGGGAUGCCUAGAUUGUAUGCUCAGAUCACAAAAGUUUCAGUUCCUGGUUUCUGUCUUAGUGUCAGAUGGCUUGAGCCUGAUCCAGACCCCAAGGAGGAGAUUCAGGGGUAUCAAAAAGGGUUGCCUGUUUCUGUUGGUAGGUUCAAACUCGGGAAAACCGAAGAUAUAAAAGAUCGCGGAAGGUUCUCUCAUCUGGUUCAGUGCAGUGAAGGGAGUAGCGCAGGAACAUUCAGUGUAUACCCAAAAGAAGGAGAGACGUGGGCUAUCUUCAAGGCUCACAUCACGUCUCUCUCCUCGUACCAGAACCAUGACUGGUCAGCACAUCCUGAUUCACACCGUAAAUAUAAUUAUGCCUUCGUCGAAAUCUUGUCAGAAGAUGAUGCUCAUCCUAGAGUACCUAUUGGAUUCUUGCAUAAAGCAAAAGGUUUUUCAGGUGUGUUUUGUCGCUUUAACAAGGAAGUUGAUAAGUCUUACAUUAAGCGUGGGUUUACAGAACAAUUCUCCCAUCGUGUUCCAUCAUUUAAGACGACUGGAAUAGAAGCAGAAGGUGUGCCUCGUCGAGGUGCUUAUGAGCUGGAUCCCGCAGCACUACCAGAAAACAUCAAAGAGAUUGACGUCCCUUUACAUCUACUAGAAGAGCCUAGUCCUACAGUGUCAAACCAUGAGGAGGAGGAGGAUAGUACACACUCGCAAUGUGUUUACUUUGCUAGUAAAGGAAUAACUUUUCAAACAGGCCAAGUCUGGUCAUUUUGCAGUGGAGAUGAUGACCUGCCCCGGCAAUAUGGCAAGAUUCAGAAGGUCACGUUUGUUCAGGCGUUUGAGCAGGAUCCGGUAGUUAAAUUGCACAUAGGUCGGCUAAAAGCUACAUCUAACAAAGGCGUCAUCCAGUGGAGUGACAAGGAAAUGCCCAUCGGCUGUGGGAAUUUCAGGGCAAGAAAAGGUUUUGAGAUAUUCACUGAUCUUGAUGUGUUUUCACGCCAGAUAAGCCUAGUCUCCUCAGGAGAUGGGAAUGACUACAGCAUCUUGCCCAAGACUGGUGAUGUUUGGGCAAUAUACAGAAACUGGAGUAAUGACCUUGAAGCCGUUGAUCUGAAGUCCCAGAUGGCCGCUACUGGGCAUUGGACUGAUGGUGCCGAUGUGAGAUUCACAAUCCCAAAAUGUGAAAUGCUCAGAUUCUCGCAUCAAGUUACUACUUCGAGAGUAACAAAAGAGGUACAUGGAACUUGGCAAGAAGUAUAUGAACCUGCUAUUGAGGCAUUGCCUGGUUUGAGCUGUGCGGUUAGUGUUGGUGAGAAGAGAAAGAGGAAUGAGCAUGGUGAAAGUUGCAGUACUGGAUAUGAUGGUCUGAAGUUUAAUGACUUUGAGAAACUGAGGAAAGAAAUUGUAUGCCCGGAUCCGAAAAGUGUCAGCUCCUUCCUUUGGGGUUAG